AUGGAUUCAACAGGCUGUGUGAAUCAACGGCGAUCCUAUAAUGGUGAACUAUGCACCAUUCGCUACGCGGGGAAAGUUGCAGGUACCACCGGCGAAUGGUUAGGCGUGGAAUGGGACGACCCAACACGGGGGAAGCACUCUGGAGAGCAUCAAGGAGUGAGAUAUUUUACAUGCAAAAGCAAAAACCCCACUGCAGGGUCGUUUGUGCGUCCGUCUCGAGCUGCGGACAAACCCAGAAGCUUUCUAGAGGCUCUGCGUGAGAAGUAUGCAUCUGAGUUUGAAGAGGAAGCCGCCAGGAGAAAGCUUGGUGAUGCUGCCUCCGGUGAUUCUCUACACAAGCCAAUUGCAAUCAGCGGCAAGAUUGUAGAAGAAGUUGGUUUCGACAAAAUCCGAAAACAACUUGCAGAGCUGCAAGAGCUGAAGAUCGUUCUCUUAGAUGGGCUACGGGUCGCAGGAGUCCUUGCUCAUGAGGGUAGCGCAGAGCAAUUCCAGUCAGCUUGCAAAGAGAUUGAGCAGACCUGCCCUAAGAUCGUCGAGCUUGAUCUCAGUCGAAAUCUUCUGAAUCGUUGGCGUGAUGUUGCAAGUAUAUGUGACUCACUCAAGCGCCUAAAAACAUUGAAGUUGAAUGGAAACAGAAUGGAUCCCCCUGUUGGGGAAGGCUUGAGAUUCGAGAGGAUUACGGAGCUCCAGUUGGAUGACACACUUCUCUCUUGGGAUGAGAUAUCAGCUCUCACAUAUCAAUUUUCGUCCCUAACUACUUUAAUCGCCUCGGCUAAUCAGAUUUCAUAUAUCUCAUCACCCCUCUCGAGCACAAUCACAACAUUAACCUUGGAGGAUAAUGAAAUCUCCUCUCUAUCUUCCCUCAGACAACUCGUGUCCCUGGAUAGUUUGAGCUGCCUUUCACUACGCGGAAAUCGAAUUAAUAAGAUUUAUGAAUCCAGUCCAGACGAAGCAUCCCCUCUACGGUUCUCAAAAAACCUUCAGUCGGUCGAUCUAUCCAGGAAUAGAAUCGACAAUUGGCUUUUCGUCAAUCAACUGUCACUGGUAUUCCCCGGGCUACAAACUCUGCGCAUAUCUGGGAAUCCCCUCCAUGACCAAUCUGUGGGCCCAUCAAUAGUCACUGGGUUGCCAGAGAAGACAAUGACAAUAGACGAGGCCUAUAUGCUAACUCUUUCUCGAAUUGCCUCUUUGAAAAUGCUCAACUAUGGUACAAUAACAGAAAAGGAUCGCAGCAAUGCAGAGCUCUAUUACCUCUCUCUCAUUGGCAAGGAAUUAUCUGCUUUUCCGGAAAGCGCAGCGCGAGAGAUCCUCCCAAAGCACCCCAGAUACAGUGAACUUUGCGAAAUAUAUGGGGAGCCUGUGAUUAGGAGAGCUACAGCGUUGACAGGGUCAGGGGUUGCUGUGAAUCCACGGUCUGUUGCUGCGCGAUUGUUGAGGAUAGCGUUCUGCUUACGCCGAGAACUACCGAACCCAGGCAACUCAGUCAUGAAUCAAGACAAUGCUCUAAAGGAGGAAGUCAAGGUGAAGGAGAUACCCCGAUCCUUUGAUACCUACCAAGUUAAGGCCAUUGUUUCUCGUCUGUUUGACCUGGCGCCUUACGAGUUCAGACUGAUUUGGGAGACGGACGAGUUGGACCCCGUCAGCAAACAGAAUAUAGAUGAUGAGGACGGAUGGGACAGCGAAGAUGAGAGUAUCAAUCCAUCGGAGCCAAGAAAUAGCUCCGCAUUCGUCAAAAGAGAGGUUGAGCUUGUGGAUGGUACGAGGGAUAUUGGGUUCUUGUUCCAGUCUGAUCUUACUGAGGCGAGGAUCAGAGUGGAAGUAGCGACUCAGUCCUACGUUGAACAUAGAAAUAUGUGA